AUGGCCUUCGCCGCUUUCAUCGCGUAUGCACUGGCUGACCGCCUUUGGAUCGAUCUUGAUCUAAAGGCCUCCCCGUUGCAGGCCGGCUCUCAUACGACCCCUGGAGGACUUAAGUGGAAGAGGGGGGGAGGAAAGGUGGAAAAGGAUGGAUGGCGGAAUUGCGAGCUGAGAAAGCGCGCAAAAGACCACACUCAUUCGCUGAGAGGAGUUUUCCACAAGGAGCACGGAGGGCGGCUCGACCUGCAGGAGGUGCGUACCGAAAAGAGAAGAUGAGAGAGACCGAUGUGGGUGAAGCAAGGGAAAGAGCCUGUCGAUUGCCUGUAGAUAGCCUUCUGUGAGGCGUCAAAGGAUCUGGGGACGCCCUAUGGCUGUGCUCUUGUCUCUGUCUGCAGAUCUGAGCACCGAUACCGAAGAACAUCAUCUCAUUACUGCCUUUCCCUGGCGCUUGUCCAACCGAGACCCACCGAACCGAAGGCCCCUGUGAC